AUGACCACAGUGACAUACGGAUUGGAGCCAUCGUCGUUCGUGGCGACACGCACACUUCAUCAACUCGCCGAUGAUGAAGGUGAUUCGUUUCCUCUCGCCGCAGCCGCAUUAAAGCGAGAUUUUUAUAUGGAUGACUUUGUUCGAAGCGAAGUAGACAUCACGACAGCAAUACGAAUGCGCAAAGAAAUGGAUGAAUUAAUGAACCGUGGAGGAUUUUCCCUGAGGAAAUGGUGUUCGAAUUUCCCCCAUGUAUUGGAAGGAGUAGCACCAGAAAACUUAGCCCACCUCCCAAAUGAAGACCGUGAACAUGGAGAAAUUGUGAAAACCUUGGGGAUUUCUUGGAAGCCUACGACUGAUCAGUUCUGUUUUAAUUUCGGGCCAUUUUCUACGGACGGAAAGAUUACGAAAAACCGAAUCUUGUCUGUCAUUGCUCAAUUAUAUGACCCAUUGGGAUUAAUCGCUCCUAUCGUUGUACGCGCGAAGAUUUUCAUCCAACAACUUUGGUUGAUGUCUAUCGAUUGGAACGAAGAAGUGCCUGGAGAGGUGCGUACUACAUGGAAACGUUUCGUGGAGGACCUGCCAUCGCUAGUCAAUUUUCGGGUUCCGCGGUUUGCCUUUGACGUGGGGGAGGUGCAGCUGCAUUGCUUCUCGGACGCAUCGGAAUCAGCUUUUGGAGCCUGCAUCUACGCACGGACGGCGAAGGCCAACGGUCAAGUGAAGGUGAUAUUAUUGGCAGCGAAAUCUAGAGUGGCACCCUUACAAAAACGUACCAUCCCGAGACUGGAAUUAUGCGCAGCUCAACUCGGCGCUCGCUUGUCGUCGAGAGUUAUCACUGCACUGAAUCUGGAAGCCGUACCUAUUUUCUAUUGGACCAACUCGAUGGUAGUAGUAUAUUGGCUUCGGGCACCACCACAAACCUGGAAAACCUUCGUGGCAAACCGGGUAGCAGACAUUCAAACCCGAACAAACGGUGCUCCAUGGCUGCAUGUACCUGGAAUGGAUAACCCCGCCGAUAUUGUAUCCAGAGGUUUGGUCGUACAACAAUUGCUAACUUGUAAAAUAUGGAUUAAUGGACCCAGUUGGUUGGGAAGGGGAGAGGAAAAUUGGCCGAAGCUGGAAAUCCCGAGAGUAACACAUGCAGAUGGAGACACGGAACGUAAAACAACCACAUUACUACUGCAAAAUCCACCACCACUCAACCCUUUAUUUACCCGAUCAUUUUCGUAUAAUCGUCUACUACGUACGACUGCUUACUGCUUGAGGUUCAUUCGUCAUAUACAAAAGGGAUCGAAGCAAUCUACCAUCACUCUCCAACCUAGUGAACUCGAAAAUGCAAGGGAUUGUCUUGUGAAGAUCGUCCAAAAAGAAUGCUUCAAAACGGAGCUACAUCUGCUCCAAAGAGGAAAACUGGUACCGAAGAAUUCCACACUCAAGCUUCUGAACCCUUUCGUGGAUUCGUCGGGUAUAAUCCGAGUCGGUGGCCGGCUCAGAUUGUCGGAAGAGGCUUACAAUACCAAACAUCAAAUCCUACUCCCUGGUUUCCACCUAUUUACUCGAAUGCUUUUGUUAUCAUACCACUGCAAAUUGGUUCAUGGUGGGAUAUCGCUCACAUUGGGAGUAGUUCGCAACGAUUAUUGGCCUACAAAUGGAAGAAGGGCUGUACGUAGCGUGAUACGCAGUUGCUAUCGUUCUACUCGUGUUAACCCUCGUCCAUUACAGCAACCAAUCGGACAAUUACCCAUCGUCAGAAUUAAACCCAGUCGCCCCUUCGCAUCCACAGGAAUCGAUUACUGUGGACCUGUGUUUGUAAAGUCCGCAAACCGUAGGACUGCUCCUACCAAAGCCUAUAUUGCUCUGUUCGUCUGCUUCAGUACAAAAGCUGUACACAUUGAGCUGGUGGGGGACUUAUCCACAGCUUCCGUUCUAUCCGCUCUCCAACAGUUCGUAGCUAGACGAGGCAAGCCCGAUAAUAUUUUUUCGGACAACGCCACAAACUUUGUCGGUGCUCGAAAUGAACUGCACGAUCUUUAUCAAAUGUUCUCAAAUCCUAAAGAAACCAAUCGUAUCGUUAACGCUCUCGCAAAUGAAGGAAUACGAUGGAAUAUGAUUCCCCCGCGCGCCCCCAACUUCGGCGGCUUAUGGGAGGCCGCUGUGAAAGUGGCAAAAAAACAUUUGCUUCGUCAGUUAGGCAGCACCUCACUACUGUACGAGGACUUGGUCACGAUACUGUCGCAAGUAGAAAGUGCGAUGAACUCUAGACCAUUAGCACCUUUAUCGGAGGAUCCUAACGACUUCGAAGCCAUCACGCCAGGCCAUUUUUUGGUCGGCUCACAACUCCAAGCUCUACCUUACCCAGACAUGAUGGACGUUCCAGUGAACCGGUUGAGGAACAGAUACCAGAUUAUCCAGCAGAAACAACAGCAGUUUUGGUACCACUGGAAGACUGAGUACCUUAAGGAGCUCCAACGACAGGCCGCCAUGCAUCAGCGUCCCGUUGAUCUCAAAGUCGGCCAAGUGAUGAUACUGCAAGACAACCUUUUACCACCAGUGCGCUGGCCACUAGUUCGCAUCUUGGAGCUGCAUCCUGGGCAGGACGGAGUGACUCGUGUGGUUACCGUGCGUACCUCAACUGGUUCGAUAUUCAAGCGAGCUGUGACGAAACUUUGUCCAUUGCCUAUGAUGAACGAAGAAGAGACGAGUAUGCAGAUUAAUGCAACACCCAACCCGGAUGGCAUCGGAAAUAACAAACAGAAGCUAUUGUGA